AGUAGUGCAAACACAAAGAUGACUUUAUUCGCAGUCCAAAUUCCACAUUAGAGCGAAUGAGCUUUUUUUUUUUGUUGUUCAAGAGAAUUUGUAAUGUGUUUGGAAAGCUGCUGCACUCUCAAGUUCUCCUCGGCUUUUUUGUGUUGUUUUUUUUUUGUCAGGAAUCUAGGUGGACUGGAGGAAGGUCCCACUGAGUCACCGUCACACACUCCUGCACCCGGCUGGGCAGGAUCAAGGUGUGUGUGUGUGUGGGAGAGUGAGUGAGUGUGUGUGUUUGUAUGUGUGUGUGUGUGUGUGUGUGAGAGAGAGAGAGAGACUACAGGGUGAUGAGCAGAUGAGAUGCAGACAGAAAGACGAAGAUGUUGAUCACCUGACAAGAAGAAGACAGAAAGGAGGGAAAGAAACCUCAACUAUGACGGGACACACUCUUGUCUGAUAUUCUUCUUUGCCAACGAGGUCCCGCGUCCUCGCCGUCGCCAUGGCCGACCCCAGCUGGUGGAAGCUGACCUUCUCCCGCAAGAAGAAGUCCGAGUCCAAGGUCCUGUACGAGAUCCCGGCCGAGCACGGCAGCAACACCAAGGCGGAGCCCGGCGGCGGUCCCGUCGCUCCCGAGGCGCCAGACGGCCAGUUCAGCGCCCGGCUGGAGAAGAUGGUGGACAAGUCGGCCGCCAGGGGGCGCCACGUCAAGGUCUCCCACUCGGGUCGCUUCCAGGAGAAGAAGAGGGUCCGGGCCACGCUGGCCGAGAACCCGGACCUGUUUGCCGAGCAGAACCUGGCCGAGCAGAACCACAAGACGACGGACAAGUAGCGAGGCGAUAAGACGCGUUGGGGGGUCUAAAAAGGUGCACGCCGGCACUGCGGUGCACUGGACCGGCGCCACAGCCAAUUAUUGAUCCCCCGUGUGGUCUUCAGACUUUUUUUUAUUUUCCAAAUCAAAUCCAGCAGCACCAAAAUUCCAUGUAGUACAUAUGAAACAUGAAAAAUAUGUAUUUUGUUUACUCAAAAACAAUGUGACGUCCUCUCUCUUUAGGCCUUGUUCCACGCUUUUGCUGACUCAGCAAGGCGUCUGUCGUUGCUUCUGUUGCCAUGGCGACGGUAAGCACACACUGUCACUUGAUACACUUGCAGCCCUCAUCAUCAUCAUCAUCAUCCGCAUCACAACUGACACCUUCUGGCCACAAACUGCACUCAGACUUCAAUUACAAAAAUUAUUAUUAUUAUGGCACGGCUAAUUGAAACAUUUAGAUACCGAUCAAGCGUGUCACAUGACCACAGCCGAUGGCGGUCCUUCACGGGGACAAUCUCUGGUAAACCCAGCCGCCCUCGCCACGGUGCUGGUAUUCGCCCGGCUCGGCCUCGGCGUCUAGUCUGGUGAAGACGAUGCGGUCGUGGAGUCUGUUGGUCUGACCCUGCCAGAACUCCAUCAGGUGGGGCUUCACCAUGUAGCCCCCCCUGGUGGACACAAAGAAUACACGCGACUGUUAAACACUUUAGUGCAGAUGAACAUCAUGCUGAACCCUUAGUUCCACCAGCUGUUAGCACUUUAGCACCUGUACAGACUUGCAUAUAUAGUUCCAGGCAGGUUCGCUAGCAUGCUAAAGCACCGGUGCCACCAGCUGUUAGCACUUUAGCACCUGUGCAGACUUACAUAUAUAGCUCCAGGCAGGUUUGCUAGCAUGCUAAGGCGCCAGUGUCACCAGCUGUUAGCACUUUAGCACCUGUGCAGACUUACAUAUAUAGCUCCAGGCAGGUUCGCUAGCAUGCUAAAGCGUAGGUGCCAUCAGCAGAUAGCGCUUUAGCACCUACGCAGAUCAACAUGAUAGCUCCAGGCAGGUUAGCAAGUGUGCUAAAGCCUCACUGCCACCAGCUGUUAGCACUUUAGCGCCUGUGCAGACUACCAAAUAGAGCUCCAGGCAGGUUAUCUAGAAUGCUAUUUAGUGCCACCAGCUGUUAGCACUUUAGCACCUGUGCAUAUCAACAUGUUAGCUCCAGGCAGGUUAGCAAGUGUGCUAAAGCCUCACUGCCACCAGUUGUUAGAACUUUAGCGCCUGUGCAGACCAACAAAUAGAGCUCCAGGCAGGUUAUCUAGAAUGCUAUUUAGUGCCACCAGCUGUUAGCACUUUAGCACCUGUGCAGACUUACAUAUAUAGCACCAGGCAGGUUCGCUAGCAUGCUAAAGCGCCAGUGCCACCAGCUGUUAGAACUUUAGCACCUGUGCAGACUCACAUAUACAGCUCCAGGCAGGUUCGCUAGCAUGCUAAAGGGUUGGUGCCACCAGCAGUUAGCGCUGUAGCACCUACGCAGAUCAAUAUGAUAGCUCUAGGCAGGUUAGCAAGUGUGCUAAAUCCUCACUGCCACCAGCUGUUAGCACUUUAGCAACUUUGCAGACUAACAAAUAGAGCUCCAGGCAGGUUAUCUAGAAUGCUAUUUAGUGCCACCAGCUGUUAGCACUUUAGCACCUGUGCAGACUUACAUAUGUAGCUCCAGGCAGGUUCGCGAGCAUGCUAAAGCAUCGUUGCCACAAGCAAUUAGCGCUUUAGCACCUGCGCCGAUCAACAUGAUAGCUCCAGGCAUGUUAGCUAAUAUGCUAAAGCCUCAAUUCCACCAGCUGUUAUCACUUUAUUAUAUGUUCAGACUAACAUGGUAGCUCCAGGCAUGUUAGCUAAUAUGCUAAAGCCUCACUUCCACCAGCUGUUGUCACUUUAUUAUAUGUUCAGACUAACAUGGUAGCUCCAGGCAUGUUAGCUAAUAUGCUAAAGCCUCACUUCCAACAGCUGUUAUCACUUUAUUAUAUGUGCAGACUAACAUGAUAGCUCCAGGCCUUUAAGUAGCAUGCUUAAACCUUGGUGCAACCAGCUGUUAACACUUUAGCAUCCGUGUGCAGAGUAAUAUGACAGGUCAAGGGAGGUUAGCUGACAUGCAAAAGUGUCAAUGCCACCAACUGUUAGCACUUUAGCACCUGUACAGGCAAUCCUUAUAGCUCUAGACAGGUUAGCCGGCAUGCUAAAUGUUCUCUGAUAUGAGCUGUUAGCACUUAAACAACUGCGGACUAACGUGAUAAAUCCAGGCAGGUUGCUAGCAUGCUAAAGCUUUGGUACCACAUGUUAGCACUUCAGCACCUGAGCAAAUCAACAUGAAAGCUGAAGGCAGGUUACUAGCAAGCUAAAGAUUCACUGCCACCAGCUGUUAGCAUUUGUGCACUUUUGCAGACUAACAUGAUAGCUCCAGGCAAGUUAUAUAGCAAUGCUAAAUCUUCUCUGACACCUGCUGUUAGCACUUAAACAACGGGAGAUUAACACGAUAGCUCCAGGCAGUUUAACUAGCAUGCUGAAUCUGACAGCAAGUGUUGUUAGCACUUUAGCAAACACAAAAACUCCAGGUACGUUGCUAGCAUGCUAAAGCCUCACUGCCACCAGCAGUUAGCAUGGUCAACAUGAUAGCUCAAUGCAGAUUAGCAAAUGUGCUAAAGCAUCUGUGCCACCACCAAGCUAUAGAUGUCUUACAACCUAGUAAUUGGCAUGUUGGCUGAAAAGUCGCGAGAUGGAGAGUUAUGUGGAGAUUGCACAUCAACAACAAACUCUUUCUCAGCGUCUUACUGUUCCUGUUCCCGGCCUCUCACCCCACGUCAGCUGCUCCUAACGAGGACAAUGAUGGAAAAUGGAAAGAAAACUCACCAGUAGUCAGGCAUCGGCACUUGUGUGUCCUUGUACUUCUCCUCCAGUUCUGCAUUCUUCUCCCUCAGGUACUACAAGAACAUAAAUCCGACAUGCUACCUGUUAGCAUUAGCGAUUUUACAUGGCGAUUUCAACACCUCUAAAUGUGUUAAUGAAAACUACAACUAAGAUGCACGUUACAAUCAAACAGCUGGUUUGUAAUAAGUUCAAUACUUACAGUAUUUACACUUUGUAGGACUCAACAAAAAAGACUGUCACAUUCAACCUAAUGGAAAAGACUACUUCCUGGCUAGCAUAAAACGUCUUGUAAUGUUACAAUUUUACAUGCCAACAAAGCAAGAAGAAAGUGUUCAAAAGUACAGAGGGGAUCCCCUUUUCAAAAUGCGCUAACUUAAUGCCAAUUUACAUUGGAUUUACCAAAGACAUGUUAUUAAUUAGCAUUAGCGAUUUUAUAUGGCGAUUUUAACACCUCCAAAUGUGUUAAUGAAAACUACAACUAAGAUCCACGUUACAAUCAAACAGCUGGUUUGUAAUAAGUUCAAUACUUACAGUAUUUACACUUUGUAGGACUCAACAACAACAAAAACUGUCACAUUCAACCUAAUGGUAAAGACUACUUCCUGGCUAGCAUAUAACAUCUUCUAAUGUUACUAUUUUACAUGCCAACAAAGCAAGAACAAAGUGUUCAAAAGUACAGAAGGGCUUCCCUUUUCAAAAUGCGCUAGCUCAAUGCUAAUUUACAUUGGAUUUGCCAAAGACAUGCUACCAAUUAGUAUUAGCGAUUUUGCAUGGCGAUUUAAACCCCUCCAAAUGUGUUAAUGAAAACUACAACUAUAAUGCACAUUACAAUCAAACAACUGGUGUGUAAUAAGUACAAUACUUACAGUAUCAACACUUUGUAGGACUCAACUAAAGACUGUCACAAAAACAUAAUGGCAAAGACUACUUCCUGGCUAGCAUAAUGUCUUCUAAUGUUACAAUUUUACAUGCCAACAAAUCAAGAAGAAAGUGCUGAAAUAGUAGGGCUGCCCUUUUCAAAAUGUGUUAGCUCAAUGCUAAUUUACAUUGGAUUUACCAAAGACAUGCUACCAGUUAGCAUUAGCAAUUUUACAUGGCGAUUUCAACACCUCCAAAUGUGUUAAUGAAAACUACAACUAAGAUGCACGUUACAAUCAAACAGCUGGUUUGUAAUAAGUUCAAUACUUACAGUAUUUACACUUUGUAGGACUCAACAAAAAAAAACCUGUCACAUUCAACCUAAUGGUAAAGACUACUUCCUGGCUAGCAUAUAACAUCUUCUAAUGUUACUAUUUUACAUGCCAACAAAGCAAGAAGAAAGUGUUCAAAAGUACAGAAAGGCUUCCCUUUUCAAAAUGCGCUAGCUCAAUGCUAAUUUACAUUGGAUUUGCCAAAGACAUGCUACCAAUUAGUAUUAGCGAUUUUGCAUGGCGAUUUAAACACCUCCAAAUGUGUUAAUGAAAACUACAACUAUAAUGCACAUUAUAAUCAAACAACUGGUGUGUAAUAAGUACAAUACUUACAGUAUCAACACUUUGUAGGACUCAACUAAAGACUGUCACAAAAACAUAAUGGUAAAGACUACUUCCUGGCUAGCAUAAUGUCUUCUAAUGUUACAAUUUUACAUGCCAACAAAUCAAGAAGAAAGCGCUGAAAUAGUAGGGCUCCCCUUUUCAAAAUGUGUUAGCGCAAUGCUAAUUUACAUUGGAUUUACCAAAGACAUGCUACCAGUUAGCAUUAGCAAUUUUACAUGGCGAUUUCAACACCUCCAAAUGUGUUAAUGAAAAAUACUACUAAGAUGCACGUUACAAUCAAACAGCUGGUGUUUACAAAGUACAGUACUUACAGUAUUAACACUUUGUGGGACUCAACAAAAGACAAGACUGUCACAUUCAACCUAAUGGCAAAGACUACUUCCUGGCUAGCAUAAAACAUAUUCUAAUGUUACAAUUGUACAUGCCAACAUUGCAAAAAGAAAACGCUCUAAAGUACAGUUAGACUCCCCUUUUCAAAAUGCGCUAGCUCAUUGCUAAUUUACAUUGGAUUUGCCAAAGACAUGCUACCAAUUAGCAUUAGUAAUUUUACAUGGCGAUUUCAACACCUCCAAAUGUGUUAAUGAAAACUACAACUAAGAUGCACAUUACGAUCAAACAGCUGGUGUUUACUAAGUACAAUACUUACAGCAUCAACACUUUGUAGGACUCAACUAAAGACAAGACUGUCAUAUUCAACCUAAUGGCAAAGACUACUUCCUGGCCGACAUAAAACAUAUUCUAAUGUUACAAUUGUACAUGCCAACAAUGCAAAAAGAAAACGCUCUAUAAAGUACAGUUGGACUCCUCUUUUCGAAAUGCGCUAGCUCAAUGCUAAUUUACAUUGGAUUUGCCAAAGACAUGCUACCAAUUAGCAUUAGCAAUUUUACAUGGCGAUUUCAACACCUCCAAAUGUGUUAAUCAGAUGCACGUUACAAUCAAACAGCUGGUGUUUACGAAGUACAGUACUUACAGUAUUAACACUUUGUAGGACUCAACAAAAGACAAUACUGUCACAUUCAACCAAAUGGAUUUACCAAAGACAUGCUACCAAUUAGCAUUAGCAAUUUUAAACGAAGAUUUCAACACCUCCAAAUGUGUUAAUGAAAACUACAACUAAGAUGCACAUUACAAUCAAACAGCUGGUGUGUAAUAAGUACAAUACUUACAGAAUUAACACCUUGUAGGACUCAACUAAAGACUGUCACAUUCAACCUAAUGGCAAAGACUACUUCCAGGUUAGCACACAUAUACAUUACUGCCAUAUAAGAUUAUGGAUUUUAAAGAAAGAACAUUUAUCAACACAUUUGAACACACACAAAAGCACCAAAAGUUGGUACCUUUGUGUACAACUAAUUUUUCAGCGCUACAAAUCCUUACGUCUCUGUUGGGGACCGGCGUGCUCUGUCGGCUCACCACGGCGCCGACCUGGCUGCUCUUGGGCCGCGAGUGGAAGUAGUCGCAGGAACUCUGGUAGGGGAUGCGCUCCACCUCGCCCUCGAUGCGGAUCUAGCAGGACCAGGAGGUCAUGUGUCGGGGACGUGAUCAGAACAAGGUGGACGUCUCACCUGUCGGUUGAGAGGCUCCCAGUAGAAGACCAAGCAGGCGUGAGGGUUGCUCUCCUGUGUGAGGGACAACAAUCUUGGCUCACCGACGCUUCCUUGGCCAUCAUUUCGCUGGAGAGCACACAACUCACCAGCUCCUUGCCCUUACGGCUCUCGUAGUUGCUGAAGAAGCGGAAGCCGUCGCCGCUGUAACCUUUGAGCAGAACCAUGCGGGCCGACGGGUGGCCAUCCCUGUACGAGCACACCCAAAUAUUAGGUGCACCCUCGGAGCACUGGGGUAAAGUGGCCGGAGCCUUACUUGGUCGCCGUGGCGAUGCACAUGGCGUUGGCCUCCCCGAUCUCAGGACACUUGGUGGCUUCUUCGAACCAGCUCCCAAACUGCUUGAUCGGGUCGAGAGACACCAGCUGGCUCUCUUCGAAACACUGCCGACACAAUCGUGAGCAGUGAACGCAGCACGGAGAGCGCCGUGCAGACCCUGAAGGCUUCAUUGGUCUGUCACUGAUAUUUUUGUGUCAUGAAUAGGACAUUAAAAAGAAAAGAUUGAUUUAUUUGAACUUGAAAUGUAUAUUUUUUU